AAAAAAAAAAAGUUUGUUUCCUUUAUACUUCUUCGCGGUUGUCAAAUGGUCAAUUACGUUCUUUUUGAAACAGCUUCAGGCUAUGCCUUGUUCGAGCGUUUGCAAUCCGAAGAGAUUGGAUCUAAGCUCGAAGAGGUUCAACAAACUGUCCUUGACCUCCCCAAGUUCGGAAAGAUGAUCAAGCUCAAGUCUUUCUCACCAUUCAAGAACGCUGCCGAUGCUCUCGAAAACGCUAACGACGUUUCUGAAGCCGUCGUCAACCCUUCCUUGAAGGCCUUUUUGGAAAUGAACCUCCCCAAGCCCAGCAAGAAGAACAAGGUUGAACUCGGUGUUUCCGAGAAGAACUUCGCUGGUGCUAUCAAGGCCGAAAUGGGCUACGAUUGCAGCUCUGACGAGAUGGUUCAAGAACUUGUCCGUGGUAUCCGUUUGUGGGCCGACAAGCUCCUUGCACAGCUCAAGGAAGGUGACUUGGAGAGAGCUCAGCUCGGUCUUGGUCACAGUUAUUCCCGUGCUAAGGUUAAGUUCAACGUCAACCGUUCUGACAACAUGAUCAUCCAAGCUAUUGCUCUUCUUGAUCAGCUUGACAAGGACGUCAACACAUUCGCUAUGCGCGUCAGAGAAUGGUACUCAUGGCAUUUCCCCGAGUUGGUCAAGAUUGUCAAUGACAACUACCAAUAUGCUAAGCUCGCUAAGCUCAUCCGUAACAAGUCUAACUUGAGUGAAGAGCAAUUGGACAGUAUGGCCGAACUUCUUGAUGGUGAUGAAUCCACUGCCAAACAAAUUCUCGACGCUGCACGAGCGUCCAUGGGAACUGACAUUUCCGAUAUUGACAUGAUCAACAUUGAGAACUUUGCUGACCGUGUUAUCAGCCUUGCUGAAUACCGCAAGAAGCUCCACGCUUACUUGAUCACGAAAAUGCACUACGUUGCCCCUAACUUGUCUGCUUUGAUUGGUGAACAAGUUGGUGCUCGUCUCAUCUCACACGCUGGUUCCCUCACCAACCUCUCAAAGUACCCUGCUUCCACUGUCCAAAUUCUUGGUGCUGAAAAGGCUCUUUUCCGUGCCCUCAAGACCAAGGGUAACACCCCCAAGUAUGGUCUCAUCUACCACUCAUCCUUCAUUGGCCGUGCUGGUGCCAAGAACAAGGGUCGUAUCUCUCGAUUCCUUGCCAACAAGUGUACCAUUGCCUCCAGAAUUGAUUGCUUCAACGACAAGCCCACUUCCAAGUUUGGUGAGGCUUUGAAGCAACAAGUUGAGGACCGCUUGAACUUCUAUGACACUGGUGCCACUCCCAGCAAGAACUCUGAAGCCAUGCAAGCUGUUAUGGAUUCCCUUGCUGAUGAGGAUGACGAUGAUGAGGAAGUUACUGAUGCCAAGCCCGCUAAGAAGCGUUCUGCUGAUGAUGCCGAUGAGGCUCCCAAGAAGAAGCAGAAGAAGGAGAAGAAGGAAGAAACUGAGAAGAAGGAAAAGAAGGAAAAGAAGGAGAAGAAGGAGAAGAAGGAAAAGAAGAAGAAGAACAAGGAUUAGAUUGAGGAUUUUCAGUCAAGUCACUCCUCUUCGCAUCCUUUCACCAAUCUUUUAUUCUCAUAAUUUCGCUUAUUUUCCGUUGUGCAAUGUAUAAAGCUGUCAUUUCUCUUCUUGCCCUUUCAACACAAAAAAAAAACCCCAUUAGAUUCGAAUUAUAAAACAAUAACCUGUCCCGUUUUUUACAAUU